UGACGGUUAUCUUUGAACAGGUCAAAUCGAGUGGUCGAACGAGUCGAAUCCUCUUCGACUUUUCGAGCGAUUAGUAGAUACAAAUUACCGUUUCGACUGGUUAUAAUUACUGUUGAAAAUAACGUAGAAUAACCGCUAAUAAUCGUUUGUAAUAUAUUCGUCGUAUUACCAUCGGGAUUAAUUUCGUAAAAUGCGAAUAGCAGCAUCGAGUGGGCCUUGAGGAUUUUUUUUUAAUUGAUUAUAACGAUGGGUUUUUACUUUUACAAUGGUGGUUUUGUGAAUGUGUGCGCGUGUUUGUUCGUUUUUAUAAAUGUGAUUUGGCACGUGGAAGGAUUUUCGUUCGGGUCUCACAACGGAUCGUUGAGUAGAUUAAAAAGGGCCGCUAGGACUUGUAAUCGAGGACGAGGCUUCCAAUGCCUCAAUUCGCAGAAAUGCAUCCCUUUGGAGAGGCGUUGCGACGGCAGAGAAGAUUGUUCGGACGGCAGCGACGAAUUCAACGAUUGCAAAACCGAUAUAAAGUGCCCCGGUUACCUGUUCACCUGCGACUACGGCGGUUGCAUCGACAAGGACGCCUACUGCGACGGCAAAAAGGACUGCAGGGACAAUUCGGACGAGAUCAAUUGCCUCAAAUCCUCCGAUACCGAAUCAACCAAUUGCAAAUCGAACGAAUUCGAGUGCAACUCCGGCCAGUGCAUCUCGCUGGAGGCGAAAUGCGACGGCAACGUCGAUUGCAGGGACAGAUCGGACGAAAUCAAGGCCACCUGCCUGAACAUGAACUGUCCGGGAUUCACGUUCGUGUGCGCGUACGGCGCAUGCGUCAACGGAUUCAACCGAUGCGACGGCGUCAAGGAUUGCUGGGAUAAUUCCGACGAGAUCAAUUGUUCCAAUCGAGGUACCGGCAAACCCGUGCAGAAACCGCCACCGCCGGUCGACGUCGACCCAUCGAAUGACAGGUAUUGCACGUUGCCGGAGCAACCGGAAAACGGUAGAUGGAAGAUCAGCGGCGGCGCCGAAGCUGCCGCCGGUACGCGCGUGGGCACCAGUACCAUUUUGACGUACCGAUGCGACGACCAAUACAAAUUAUCGACGGAAACCAAGGCGGUAGUUUGUCUGGAUGACGGAUGGUCGCCCACACCGCCUACUUGUUUAAAGCUCUGUCCCAGCCUCUACACCACGGAGACGACGACGGUGCGCUGCUUCGACCAACACAACGUCGAGAUCAAGUGCGACUCGGCCUCGCACAAUUCCUCGGCGACGUUCAAGUGCGCCCCCUACCACGAGCCCGUCUAUCCCACGCGCAUCAUCUUCUGCGCCGAGGGCAGCUGGAGCCACCAGGCGCCCGAGUGCGUGCCAGUGUGCGGCGAGAAGAUCGUUUCGGCCGAGCCGUUCAUCAUCAACGGCGUGACAGUGGAAAAAGGCAGCUACCCCUGGAUGACGGCCAUUUUUCUCAAAAAGAACGGCGAAUACAUCAACUCGUGCGGCGGUUCCAUGCUGACGCAACGCUUCAUACUCACAGCCGCUCAUUGCGUCACCGACACGUCCGGACAGGUCAUCGACAAGGCGACCGUUCAAAUAGCCGUGGGGAAGUACUACAACUCCUAUAGAGACCCCAGGGACAAUCAAUCCCAAUAUUCCAACAUCAAAUCUAUAUUCGUUCAUGAACAUUACCAAGGAUCCGUUCAAAAUUACGUCGCCGACAUCGCUCUUCUGCAGACCACCGAUAAGUUGCUGUUGUCCAAAGUUGUCCAGCCAGUGUGCUACCUGAAUUUGGCAACGCAGCAUCUCGAUUCGUCGAUGACAGGAGUGGUAGUGGGCUGGGGGUACACGCAGAGCGGCGGACAGCCGUCGGACGAUCUGAAAGAGCUGACGGUUCCUUACAAGGACAAGGCCACCUGUUUCAAGGAACUGCCGCCGGAAUGGGCGAGGAGGUACUACACCUACGACAAAAUGUGCACCGGUUACAUGAACCAAGGUAUGGCGGUGUGCAAGGGAGACAGCGGAGGCGGUCUGGUAUUCCCCCAUCAGGGUAGAUAUUACGUGCACGGCAUCGUCAGCGUGGGGCAAUAUUUCGAAAAUAGCGGAUGCAACGUACAGGAGAAUUCACUCUACACCAACGUUGCCAAAUAUGACGAAUGGCUGGAACGCACCACCUCGCAAUAUGUCAAAUAAAACUCGCCAUUUUAUACUGAUUUUCAUUUUAUAUUAUCGAAAUAAACGGAAUUUUUAAUUGUACGAUUAGUA